AAGGCGGGUUGGAAAGAAGGAGAGGUGGUGGAAAAGAAAAAGAGACCAAGAAGAGGGAGAUGGGAGAGAGAGAGAGAGAGAGAGGAGUGCGAUAUAGAGAAAAGAGUGAGGGAACAACAACUGUGCCAGGGGGACGGCUGAUAUGGGCUGACACAUGAAUCUCUCUCGCCAUAAUGCCAAUGUAUUGUAGACCCAGUGACGGAUAGUAUAACAAUAACACAUGCGAGAGAGAGAGAGAGAGAGAGCGACUCUGUCCUUCGUUGCGAGAAUGGAGUUGGCUCUUUCCUUCGGAACGCCAGACGCCACCGCGAAACACGCUCUCACACUAACGCGCCGAUAAAAACGAUACAACGCUGGCGUCUGCAUGCACGCACGCAUAUACCCGGUGGUCGUUUCGUCGUCGUCGUCGUCGUCAGAGUCCGUUUUUCCAUACGAUUCCGAGACAGUGGCGUCUCGCGUACGUCGACAUAUUGGAUUACAAAAUAAAAGCACUCUCUGUGUUCGGAGAAAUGACGGAACGAGUGUGUGUGUGUGUGUGUGUGCAAGAGAGGGAGUCGAGCGAAGCGGAAAAAGGGGGAGCCACGAAAAGGAGAUGGCGACAGCCAGAAGGAUAAGGACGGAACGCGUGCACAUAUACAUAUAUAUAUAUAUAUAUCUAGCAACGCUGUCUUGCGCCGUGUCGAGGAAUCACCUCCGCGAGAGAAUCUCUCUCUCCGCGGAGAUUGUCAUCGGCAUUGACGCAGCGACUGGGGCGCGUUUCGCUCAGCGAAACUAACUCUCUCUCUCCCGGAGAGCCGCGUAUAUAGCACAAUAGAGAAAAAAAAAGCGGAUACACUUUUUUUUCUCAACAACGACGUCGCCGAGAGAGGCUUUCACACGGGAUACCUACGUUUUCAUCCAGGAAACAACAAAUAUGGAAAAAGCGCUGAUGAUUCUUUUUCGAGGAUGCAAUGACGCGGCUGUUCGUCAUUUGAGAAAAUUUACGCUCAUGCAACGAUGUUACUCCGGUAGUGCAAAACCAGAAUUGACGUCGGUCAGAUAUAAAGUACGACGCGGUCCUUACGCCGCGAUUUCAACCUCGGAUCUUCGCUUCUUCGACUCGUUGCUAAGUUCCAAUCAAGUCGUCACAGAUCCAGAUGAAUGCGAGAGUUAUAACAUCGAUUUUCCCAAGACCGUCAGAGGUACUAGUCGGUUGGUACUUAAACCGAAAUCCACCGAAGAGGUGUCGGCCAUAUUAAAAUAUUGCAACGAGAAACAACUAGCGGUUUGUCCACAGAGUGGUAACACCGGUCUUGUGGGAGGUAGCGUUCCGGUGUUCGAUGAAAUUGUCAUUUCCAUGAAGCUCAUGAAUAAAAUUUUAGAUACGAAUGAAUUAGCAGGUGUACUGACAUGCGAGGCUGGAUGCGUUUUACAGAAUUUGGAGAAUCACUUGGCAACGGUCAAUUUAAUGAUGCCCUUGGAUCUGGGGGCUAAAGGUAGUUGCUUGAUUGGCGGUUGUGUCUCCACAAAUGCGGGCGGAAUACGACUUCUGCGUUAUGGCAAUUUGCACGGAAACGUUUUGGGAGUCGAGGCGGUGAAGGCAAAUGGUGAUGUCGUAGACGCGUUAAAUACGCUGAAGAAAAACAAUACUGGAUAUCAUCUGAAACACUUAUUUAUCGGUUCGGAAGGAACAUUGGGAAUCGUGACCAAAGUAGCUAUACAAUGUCCAUCUUUGCCGAAAACUGUAAAUGUCGCGUUUCUAGGAUUAGAAAGCUUCGAUAAAGUGUUGAAAACAUAUCACUUGGCAAAACGUGAAUUAAGUGAAAUCCUGUCCUCUUGCGAGAUGAUGGACCGAUUGUCUAUGGACGUUUCUGUCAACAACUUAGAUAUGAAAAAUCCACUGACUCGCAAAAACGGCCACGAAUUCUAUAUGCUCAUCGAAACUUCCGGUAGCAAUGUAGCUCACGACGAGGAGAAACUCUCUUCGUUCUUGGAGAAGGCAAUUAAUGACAAUAUUAUAGAAGAUGGAACUUUGACUAACGAACCAACAAAAGUUAAUAAUAUAUGGUCACUUCGUGAAAGAAUCAGUGAGGGUGUCUUGCGCGAUGGCUAUGUCUUCAAAUACGACAUAUCUCUACCUUUUUCGCACUUUUACGAUGUUGUUGAGGUCCUUCGAAAGCAAAUACGCGAUCCUCGUAUUGUUAGGAUCAGCGGUUAUGGUCAUUUAGGUGACGGAAAUAUUCAUAUACAAGUCUCCAUACCGACAUAUUAUGAGGAUAUAGCCGCACAAUUGGAGCCGUUCAUUUUCGAAUACAUAGCGCAACAUCGGGGUAGCGUCAGUGCCGAGCACGGCAUUGGUUUUAAGAAGACUAAAUACCUUCACAUGAGCAAAAACGCUUCUGAGAUUGCUAUGAUGUAUGAUCUAAAGAAACUGAUGGAUCCAAACGGUAUAUUAAAUCCGUACAAAGUUCUAAAACCAGUUACAGAUUAACCCUUCGUCUGGAAGUCACGGGUCUUUCAAACCUAGUUGAAAAUGUCAAAAGCCGUGUUUCUUGUAAAAAUUAUGAUAAUUAAUGAUAAAUUGAGAUUACUCUCAGGGCUCUAUAAGUCUUAAACUAAUAAUAUCUGAAUACAAGGACGUUAAGAGCCGUUCACAGGAUGUUGUGCGUGAAUGUGCUA